ACAGAAAAAGUACUUUUAAAAAGUGAUUGGAUAUUAUGAAAGUUUUUUCAGUGUUUAACAAGGUAAAAAAAUACGUCUGAACAAGAAGUUAAUCAGAAUUAUCGACAGACUGAAGUGCAAAAAAUUUUGAACAACGUAAAAAAUCAAGCAGAGUAGUAACGGCAUAUUUGAUUAUCUUGUCUGACGAUCUGGCACAAGUUCUUUAAAAUUAUUUCAAUAUAGAUAAAGUCUGAACGGAAUACUGAAAAUUUCAACAAUGGAGAAGAACCAGUUGCUGUCAAGUUAAAACCAUCAGAUAGUUAGACGGAUUAAUACACUUUGUGUUCUUUUUCACGAAUUUCAACAAAUCAUUUUUUUCUCGAGAAAAUUCGUCUGAAAUAUGUUCUGCCUAAUGAAGAAUAAGGAUUGAUAUAUUGGGAGAAAACGGAAAGAAAUAAUUAGCGGAAUAAUCAAAUUACCAAAGAUAGUAAAUUGACAUUUUUAAAAAAAAAAUACCCAAAGGAAAAUCUGCCAAUAUAUGAACUAGUUUUACUCAUUUAACCUUGGAUGCAUUGUUUGUGAGAAUCAUAAGAAUUACAAAAUUGGUUCACCAAGUUCAACCAGCUCGCAAAUAAUGCAAUCACAUCAGAACAUAAUCGAAUUUGCUACUUUAAUUUGACGCAGUGCGGGUUUCAAACGUUUAUUAUAUAUAUUUUAUUUUCGUUGGCACUGUUACAUUAGAAUGGCGAAUAAAAACUGUAUACAAUGAAAAAAUUGCAAGAGUUGUUUACCGCCAUAAUUCUGUCAAAACUAUUGGUUUUCUUAUAAAACUUGAAGUUUGUUUAUAUUUGGUUUAUAUUGUACAGUGUAAAGACGUGGAGAUAUAAUUAAAGUUCUAUCUGGAUACUAACAUAUUGACUUGGAUCAAAACAACAAAAUUUGCUAAUAUUGGAUUUUAAUAUCUUUCAAAUAUUUGGUUUUCCUUUCCAAAAAAGGAAUCAGAUUUUUUUGUGCAGCAUUUAAUAAGUUUGUAUGAAAAACGGAUGGACUUGACAAGUUGUGAUCGAUAAUUGUGCAAAUGACAAAUCUGUAAAUUGGUUCUCGUGAAGUUUCCAAACUUUCAGUGAAAUAGAGAUAAAAUGCAGUGCACUCCUGCAAUCAGUUGAAAUGAAGAAAGAUUUUUUUUUGUGAAUAUAAAUUCUCCCAAAUGGAAUUUAUAAGUGUAUCGCGGAUCACGUACAAUGGCUUUGUAGUUAGUAUUAUUAUCUGAAUUUCGACGCCUCUUCCAUACAUGGACUCGAAUAGAUACAUUGAUUUUUGAGACUUGAAAUGAAUAUACUUAUUUUCAUAAAUUAUGUAGAAAAGCAUGCUACAAUUAAUAUAUACAAUUCUUGUGAGUACUAUUUACAAAAAAUACAGGAUUCUAAUAAUGGAUAGAUAUAUGUGAAACUGGGAAUGUGUGGUUAUUUUCUCACGUAACUGAUCAUGCCGAUGGCUAACACAGAAUGGGAACAACGUGUUGGAUGAACUUUAGUGUUACAAUUACAUGCGUGUUGCUUCUACAACAACAAGUCGUGUCAACGUGGUGGUUCAUAAGUCAGUUACCGCUUCAAGCGGUAAGUUCCGGCAUUAUCUGUGAUAACAUUCCCGGGCUUAUUGGAAAACAAAGACGAAUGUGUCGUCUGCAUCAGGACGCCAUGGUGCCCCUCGGACAGGGGGCUCUGGAAGGGGUACACGAGUGCCAACAUCAAUUCCGCAGACACAGAUGGAACUGCAGCACCUUAGAAAGAGACGCUUCUGUGUUCGGGAAAAUACUUUUGAAAGUUGGUACAAGAGAAGCAGCAUUUGUUUAUUCCAUAUCAUCCGCGGGAGUUGUAUAUUCCAUUACACGUGCGUGUAGUCUCGGACAUUUAAGCACUUGCGCGUGUGAUCCCGGUAAAAAGGGAAAAGGUCGAGACAAACAUGGUUUAUGGUUCGAGUGGGGAGGAUGUAGCGACGACGUAAACUAUGGGCGAAAAUUUGCUCGCACGUUUAUUGACGCUAAAGAGAGAAAAAAUAUGGACGCACGUGCACUCAUGAACCUUCAUAAUAACAGAGCUGGCCGGGAGGCUGUAAAGAAAAUGCGGAAACUAGAGUGUAAAUGUCAUGGUAUUAGUGGAUCUUGUGCUAUGAGAACUUGUUGGCGUGCAAUGAGAGAUUUCAGACGAGUGGGUACUUUCCUUAAGAAACGAUAUAAUGGCGCUGUGAAGGUAAUGAUGAACCAAAACGCCGCGGACAGCGAGCUGAUUGUCGCCAACAAAAACCUUAAGAAACCAACAAAAUUUGAUUUAGUAUACUUUGAUGAGUCCCCGGACUAUUGCCUGAAGGAUUUAGGACUAGGUUCUUUUGGAACAGGCGGACGUGAAUGUAAUAAAACGUCUAUGGAUACAGACGGGUGUGACAUCAUGUGUUGUGGGCGUGGUUAUGAUACGGAAGUGAUACAGCGCGUGGACAAGUGCGAGUGUAAAUUUCAUUGGUGUUGUGACGUGAUUUGUAAAAACUGCACCAAAACCGUUGAGAGACAUACCUGUCGAGGACACGGUUCAUACAAAGUGACUGAUAAAAGUAACAGAAUCUCUUUAGGGUAAUAUAGUGAUAAAAUAUGAAAAACAUUUUAAAACCUUUACCAAAAUAAUGGAGAUGCGUUGGCCAAUGGCAACUUCUUUGAUCCAUAAGAUAAAGAAUUAAUAUAUGCUUGAAUUGAGCUAAAUGAUAUUUGGAUAAUUUGAAAGCCCAAAUCAAUAUUAUUCGGAUUUCGUACAAAAAAGAUGACUGUGUGACUUUUUUUCCACAUAAAAUAUUGUCAGCGAUAUGCUGAUUUUACUAAAGCAAGUAAAUGCAAUAGAAAUGUGAUGCAAAGCGAACAAUAAAGCAUUAUGAGGUAUUUAUUCCCCGAUGUCGGUAAAAAGUUGUCAAAAGCCAAAAAACAUGACAAUUUUCUUGUCCGGUCAUAAGUUUUGCAGUCAGUUCUUAUAUUUUCAUUUCACAGUACUGUUUUCUGCAGUUCUAAAUACUUGAAACAUAGAUUAUACUUAUCACGAUAAUACGUAUGGUAUAGUUUGAAUUUGGUGGUGCCUCCUGAAAAACCGGCUAGUAUCAAGUUGUAAGAGAUGUGCUACACUCUACACACAUGUGCGUUUCAAUAAUUUGUGUACAUAUGCAAAUAUUCCUUUAUGUAACACAUAAGAUGACGCGAAAAAGACCGCAAAGCAUUUUGUUUACUCAUGAUAAAAACCAUAAAAGCCGUAAAAGCGCAAUUACGUCAUGAAAGUGCAAAAUACCUACGAAUUAGAUAAAACAUUGAAAUGAAGAUUUAUAAAGUCUGCAUUUUAUUUACUGUUGAGAAAACAUUUUUACCUCAUAAAUUGUUGCUUGAUUUUGUAGAAUUCGCCUUACAACCGAUGUUUUAUUACUUUCAAGAAUCAUUUCAAUUUUGUUUUUAAUCCUGUGGCAUGAUUAGCAAAGAGUUUUGCAAUUUCGGUAUAAUUAUAAGAAGUCUAUGGAAAAGCAUGUUUUCCACAAACAGUGCAUUUUCUUGUUUGUCAAAUUAUCAUAUUUUUUACAAUUUAAGUUUGAAUCAUUUAGAACUGACACUGGACAAAUACUAGACAUAGUCAGUCGUCUCUCCUUUACUUCCAUCCAGGGACGACAACUCUGUGAGAUUUGGACAUAGACCACUGUAAAUUUGUUGUAAGCCGCAGCGUAGAGAGUGGACCUUUCGUAACUCGGUGAAUUUUGAUAACAGAAUAUGACAGUGUUCCGUUUAGACCUAGCAGUGGGUUUUAUUUCAUUAAAUUUUUAGCAGGGUCUGAAAAUAAUUCUAACAAUUUUCAGUCUUUCGAUUUUGUAAAAGGUAAUGAAAUGCUGCUUAGUUUAGUUUAAGCUAAGUGUCAUGACAAAUGAUACAAAAUGUUUCCUGGUGAAAAGUAUAUUUUUUCUCAAAUUGGAGUCAGUCAUUUCGCAAUAUUAGAAUCCAAAUAUUGCAUGACUUCUAUUUUUUCCCCUUCAAUUUCAACUCCUUUUAGGGCUAAUUUAAGAUUUGCAAAUCAAAAUUCCAGGUGGCACCCAGGAGAUUAGUUCACUCAUAUACAAGACAAUGUGAACAUGCGUAGUUCUGUUGACCACGUCAUAUGGUUUAAUUUUAAAGAAGUUGAAUUAAUUAUUUUCUAAGCUAAUUUUUGAUGAAAGGCUUUUCUAUUCCUACAACAUGAAGGUAACAUUUAAAAAAUGUAUUAAAAGAAACAGUAAAUACUGAGGUUUGUCUGACAUUAAUGUAGUGUACAGGGUAUGUUAUACGUUAUAUACGUUAUAUGUAUAAGGAAUAUGAUUCGAAAAUUACGGCUUUACAUCUUGGCAUUAAAGACACGUGUCUGUCAGACUCUAGACUCCAAGUCCCAGAUUACUGUCCGUUAUAAGUUGCUGAAUCCAGUAUCACAGACAAAAUAUAAAUUGCUUUCAAAUUGUACAAGGGGUUACAUGUAUAUUGUUAAACCCUUUUGAUAUCAUAUAACACUCUUGUCGAAACGUUUGACGAAAGUAAUCUCAGAUUGUAAAACGACAGACCGCAACUAAGAGCGUCAUGUGUCUUUAAUGCUGCAUAUUGAAAAUGCAUGUACAUUGCAUAUUGAUAUUACAUGUAUAUUGCAUAUUGAUAUUACAUGUAAAUUGCAUGUUGAUAUUACAUGCAUAUUGCAUAUUGACUUUACAUGUUGAUAUUACAUGUAUAUUGCAUAUAGACUUUACAUGUACAUUGUGUAUAUUGCAUAUUGAUAUUACGUGUAUAUACAUUUCUGUGUAUUUAAAAAAUGUAAAAUGUUUCUUUUGUGAUAUGUGAUAUACCUCAUUGUAAAUAUUGAGAUUAUAAAAAUAUACUGUAAAGAAAAUCAGUUAAUUAUACCAUAUUAUCAUUUUGGA